AUGAAGAAUCUCUUCACCGUUGUGAUAGCGGGCUCCCAGUAUUUGCUGCAUCCUCAGAAACUGGGCACAAUUGAGGAGACAAUCAAUCCCGAUGCGCUUAUUCCCGUCACUCUCCUCACGACAAGUGAGAUCAACACCGAUCUGGAGGGCAUCCUGGAGCUAUUCGCGACCGUAGACGAUGUCUUUCAGCCUGACUUUGGUGGAAUUCUUGUAGAGAAGCCUGAAAAGAACAAGACGAUUGGUCUCGCCCAUAAUCCAGUCCCCCGCAGCAGAGCCGUGUUCAGUUUGCAGCGUCCCGAAGCUGAGGUUACCGCCUUUGAAGACUUGCCUUCAGGUCCGUAUUUUCUCCAUGGGCCAAACCUUUACCAGGCAUGGAGACUGUAUGACGAUAUCUUGGACGCAUUUACCUUUGGGGUAAUUCCCAACAGUAUCAAUGGUUCUGAUGAUGGGUAUGAGGCGCUGUCGUCUUUAUCGGACAAUGGCUCGUCCAAGUCUAUUGCGGUGCCUUCUAGACUCUAUCAUGCUGUACCAUCUAUUCGCAAACCUCUGUCUGGAGUCCGCAUAUCCGUCACCGAUGCCGUGUCGCUGAAAGGUGUCCAAACGACCUUGUCGAGUCGAUCCUGGACUCAGCUAUAUGGAGCUGAAGCAUCUGAGACGGCCGAAUUUGCCCAGAAACUAAUCGACAUGGGAGCUAUUAUUGUGGGCAAGACUAAAUCAUCGCAGCUGGAUUCCGGUAGGGAAUGGGUCGAUGUGGCCGCACCGUGGAAUCCAAGAGGUGAUGGCUAUCUGGACUCUGGUGGAAGUGCGGCCGGCGCUGGAGCAAGCGUGAGCGGUUAUGACUGGAUGGAAUACGCUAUUGCGAAAGAUGGUGAGUGCUCUUAUCCCUUUGAGGGAGUUCGUGAGCAAGCGCGUGUUCAUGGAGUUUACUCAAUCAGAGCCUCAGCCAACGCUGCCUCUCUGCAAGGAUGGAGAAACGACUCGCAGAAUUAUGCUGCGGUUGGCUUGCUGAAUCGCAACCUACACGAUUUGCUCAGCAUCGCUCAGCUCACAUUAAACACAUCGAAUGCGAACAUGCCAUUUCCCAAGCGCAUCAUCUAUCCUCUGGAUUUUGCUUCGACUGCCGAAGGUGACCAGGCUCUAGAUGAUAAAUUUGUCGCCAUGUUGGAGCAUUUCCUUGGAGCCAAAGCCGACAAGAUACGCCUAUCGGAUGCUUGGGAUGCGCAUCCCCCAAACCAGGCCAAUGGGCAAAGUCUUGAAGAGUAUAUGAAAGAGGCUCCCUUUAGCUCCUUUUGCUACGACUUUUAUCAGGAGAAUCAGGACUUCCGCAAUGAUUACAAAAACAAGUUUGGUCGCGAGCCCUAUGUUGAGGCGACGCCCCGUUUUAGAUGGGGCAUUGGCGCGAACGAAUCGAAGCACGACUACACCCUCCACCGCGAGCGCAUUGAGGUUUUCAACAAAUGGUUUGGCGAUACCAUCAUGUCGACGCUCGGGGAUUCGGGGACCAUUAUGGUUAUCCCCAUUGGCCCAUAUAUAGUGCAGUACCGCGAUGACUUACCACGACCACCGAGCAGAAUCGACGGCAUUGGCCCUGAAGCACUUGCGCCUCUUUUAGGACUGCCGCAUCUUGUCAUUCCCUGUGAGCUUUUCUCGAACACCUUGGCGUCAUUUCCCCCAUUGCCGUCCUUCCCCUUUGAGAAACGCUGGACUGAUGAAACGAUGGCCAAUACAGUCGCACAGACGCCGUACUAUUCACGAGUAACCAACAAAGGCGAGAGUCGUCCGUUUAGCGGCUCCAUCAUGGGUCCUCACGGCAGCGAUAUCAUGAUCCUCCAACUAGCCAAGGCGGCGUUCGGAAGUGCGAAAUGGCGGUCGCAGGUCGACACUGGGCGUUGGGCGUUUCCGCAAGGUUAUGAACCGGAAUGA